GGCAGUGCGUUACUUGAACGCUGGGAAACUGCAACAUCUGCAGAGGUCAGGCUGUCCACCCUGUGACCCCGUGACCCUAGCCUUUCUCUUCUUGGGUUGUUGGGUGGAGCAGAGGGAAGCAGAGGGUAAGGGGGCUCUGGAGAGCCCGAGUCAGAGUGCCCUGGUCUCCAUGAGGGCAGAGAGGUAAUGGAGUCGUCCAGAAUGUCGGGAUGGCAGGAUGGCAGCAGGGUAAUGGGUCCCUCUCGCGAUUCCCUGAAGGCUUCUGUUCUUCUGUUGCUCCAGGAGAAAUUCGAGGUCACAAACUUGAACAUGAAAUCGGGGAUGAGCCUGAAGAUUAAAGGCAAGAUCCACGAGAAUGUUGACCGCAUCACCAUUAACCUGGGCCAGGGGAAAGACAAGCUGAAUCUGCAUUUUAACCCUCGCUUCAACGAAUCCAGCAUCGUCUGCAACUCUUGCGAUGGCGGCCACUGGGGACAAGAGCAACGAGACAGUCACAUGUGCUUCAGUCCAGGAGCAGAGGUCAAGUUCACUGUGGCCUUCCGGGAUAAUGAGUUCAAGGUGACGCUACCUGAUGGACACACGGUGACCUUCCCCAACAGGCUGGGCCACAACCACCUGCACUACCUAGGCAUGGAUGGGCUCCACGUCACCUCCUUCAAGCUUGAGUGAGCACGCAGCACCUCCUCAGAACAAGACCUCAGUCCCCAAACCCAUUUCA